UAACCAGCACUCUACCAACUUCAUUCACACAACAAGGUCGAAGAAAAAGAGUGUCAAAAUGGUUUUUCGAACAAUCGCAAAGAUGUCGAUGAAGCCUGUGCCUAAAAUAUCUACUGGACUUCCCGGUUUAACUCCUUCAUCAUUGAAGCAUUAUGUAUCUGUGAUUCCCCUUCACGUCUUCACCAUUGGAGGAGCCAUUGUUUGUGCACUAUAUUGUAUGAAGUUGGGAAGCUACAAGGAUACAAGCUUCAACAAGUGGAAACCAUUUCAGGAUAUCAAGCCCGAUGCACAGAUAGCGGUCUUCCAUUCGAACGAGCGAGCUGAAUUAAAGAAACAGAAAGAGCCUGAGAACAGACCAAAUCUUGUGGAAAAAUAAACAUUAUGGCUCAAAAUUUUGUUUGAUGUAUUGAUUUCUUUAGAAAUACUGUACCUCAUGGUUUAUUUGGCAUUGUCAACAUGAAAUUAUUGAACUUUAUAUGUAUCGGUUGUUUACUGUUUCAAAAACAAAUAGUAUGCGUUUACAGCAGUGAUUUAUUAAGACUCUUUUUCACCAGUAUUAAAUAGUGUGUGAUUGAAUUUUAAGAUAUUUCUUAGAAAUUUAUAGAAAUGUUACAAAGUGCUGUACUGAUGUUUUGAAAAAGCUUGAUAAUAAAGUUUGUAUGAUAUUAUA